ACACUGGUCACAUUGCCAACCAUGCACUACAGACAUGUUUCAUAUUGACAGCUGAUUCCAGAAACUCUUCACUUUGACACAGACCAAUUUAACAUCUCCCAUAAGAAAAAUGGAGGAAAGAAACAUCAGUGGAAGGGAUCUAAGAGUGGAUUCAAACAUAACAUACUGGGGAACAAACAUCACAGCUGUGAAUGAAAGCAACCAUACUGGAAUGUCAUUUUGUGAAGUCGUGUCUUGUACCAUGGUUUUUCUUUCCCUCAUUGUUGCCCUAGUUGGGCUGGUUGGAAAUGCCACAGUGCUGUGGUUCCUGGGCUUCCAGAUGCGCAGGAAUGCAUUCUCUGUUUACAUCCUCAACCUCGCUGGUGCUGACUUUCUCUUCAUUUGCUUUCAAAUUGGAUAUUGUUUUCACAUGAUCUUGGACAUUGAUUCCAUCCCCAUUGAAAUUGAUCUGUUUUACCUUGUUGUGUUAAACUUUCCUUAUUUUUGUGGCCUGAGUAUCCUCAGUGCUAUUAGCAUUGAACGUUGCCUGUCUGUCAUGUGGCCCAUUUGGUAUCACUGCCAACGCCCAAGGCACACAUCAGCUGUCAUAUGUACCCUGCUUUGGGUCUUGUCCCUAGUGUGUAGCCUCCUGGAAGGGAAGGAAUGUGGCUUCCUAUAUUACACUAGUGACCCUGGUUGGUGUAAGACAUUUGAUUUAAUCACUGCUACAUGGUUAAUUGUUUUAUUUGUAGCUCUCUUGGGAUCCAGUCUGGCCUUAGUGAUUACCAUCUUCUGGGGCUUACACAAGAUUCCUGUGACCAGGCUGUAUGUGGCCAUUGUGUUCACAGUGCUUGUUUUCCUGCUCUUUGGUCUGCCCUAUGGGAUCUACUGGUUCCUCUUAGUGUGGAUUGAGAAAUUUUAUUAUGUUUUACCUUGUAGUAUAUAUCCGGUCACAGUAUUUCUCUCCUGUGUUAACAGCUCUGCAAAACCCAUCAUUUAUUGCCUUGUAGGCUCCAUUAGGCAUCAUCGAUUUCAACGGAAGACUCUCAAGCUAUUUCUGCAGAGAGCCAUGCAAGACACUCCUGAGGAGGAAGAAUGUGGAGAGAUGGGUUCCUCAGGAAGAUCUAGAGAAAUAAAAACAAUCUGGAAAGGACUGAGAGCUGCUUUGAUCAGGCAUAAAGAGCUCUGAAGAGAACUAUGUUUUUAUCACUUUGUUGCAUUUUCAUAACGUUGUUUAGUUGAUGACCCAAGGUUAACUCAGUUGGGAAAGUAGUCAAUGUUGUAGAAGUUGAUUGAUAUUGGACUUGUUACAAAUACUGGGUACAACAUUUCUGCAGCUAUCUUGCUCAGGGUUUUACCAACUUCUUUUGAUGUUACUCCUUGCAAGCUCUGUGGGGUCCAGGAAAGCUGUUGACCACAAUUGAUAAAUCCCUUCUUCAGAAGAAAGCUUAAGAAAGUACAGGAAAGGGUUGCAUUUCUUAACUCACUUAACUUGAUAGUGGAUAAAUUCAUGUUAUAUUUUGCAAAAAAAUUAUUCUGUUUCAAGGCAAACUUUUCUUCAGUGUUGAAGGGUUAAAUAGAUACAUUAUAUAAUCCCAGACUUUAUUAAUUUCUGUAUGUUUUAAAGAAUAUGUGGAGCAAUAGUUUUUCUUAUACACAUUUCUUAAUAAAGAAGUAAACAUUCUCAAGAGAAGUGUUAAACAUCCAUGUACAUAGGAAGGUGCAGUGUCCUCUGUGGUUCUAUUCACAGUUUCCUUUUUAGCAUCCCAUAGUUGAGUAUUGUCUUUGAUAUGAUCCUCAUGCUCUCUGACUGUGUAAUCCCUCAUGAAAAGUUUCCAAUGAGGUCCUCUAUAAAGACUCCCUUGAAAUACAACUUAUUUUAAAUUUAUACCAUUUCAAGGAGCCCACAGCAUCUAUUAACUUAGCUAUAUGCACAGUUUAGUAAAAUUUUCUAUAAAAUAAUAUUCCUUUUAUAAAGCUGCAGUAAUAAUUUCAAUUUUUCUACAAUUAAGAGAAUAAAAUAUCAACAAAUUAAAUAAAACUAAUCAGUAGGUUUUCUUAAGUUAAUGUAGCUGCAUGACUCUGUACCUAAUCAAGACACAAAAUACUACACUAUAUCUUUUAAUUUUCAUUUCUUCUCCUGUCAUAAUUUUAUAUCACAGAUAAAUAUGAUAUCCAUACUUCUGUUCUAAACUAAAUAUUAGAGUGAAAAUUAAAAGAUUGUAACAUGAUGCUUGAUACAUGUGGCUAGAUGGUUGUUGUCGUUGAACAUACUAACCUAUACAUCAGGUCAUGUAAACAUUCAUUUUUUAUUCCUUGUGUCAAAAACUUCGUUUUCACAAAAUCUCCUGUGUGCAAUGAACUAUUACUACAAAGAUCUCAUGCUUUAGAUUACUUAUAUAGUUUGAAUGAAAAUGGCUACCAUAGGCUUACCCCUAAUUGUUGGAAUUGUUUGGGCAGGAUUAGGACCUGUGGCCUUGUUUGAGGAGGUAUGACACUCCGGGUUGCAAAUUUGAGGUUGCAAAUCCCCAAUGCUUCCACCCACACCCCAUGUGGAAGUAUAAGUAUUAAAUAUAAGCUCUCAACUACUACUCCAGUGUCAUAGCUGCCUGCUUACUGUCAUACUGUCAUACUUUCAGCUAUGGUGGUUGUGCAGUACAAAUUCCGGGACUGUGAUCUACCAAAUUAAGUGCUUUUUUUUUUUCUUGUAAAUUGCCUUUUUCAUGCCUUUUUAUCACAGCAAUGGAAAUAUAUCUAAAACAGAAGCUGGUAUCAGAGACAGUGCUAUUUAUGUAACAGGCAUGAUCCUAUUGCUUUUAUGGGGAGGGACCAAGAGUAUGGGAUUUUGGAUUAGGGAUGUGAUUGAUGUAGGGCUUAACAGACCAUCCUAGAAGGAAUAUGGAUGAAAGUGAUUCUGAAAGCAUUGUACAUUAUGGAGACCCAGUUCACAUAGUUUUUGCUGGAAAAAAUUUUAGUAACUGAGCUAAAAACUAUUCUUGGAAAUUUGUCACAAAAUAUGGCUGCUUUUUACCCUUCUCCUAAGAAUAUGCUUUAGGCUAAAUUGAAAAGUUCGUAAAUAAUUUUUUUUUUUUUUUGGCAAGGGAUACUAGGUUUACAGUAAAAAUGAGUAAGAAGGGCAAAAGGAAAUAUAAAAUGUACAAUUGAAGAGAAAAGGAGAAGCAGGAUUUUUAAUUUUGGAGCUAAUUCUUGGGUUUAAAGAAGUGAUUAGUUUAAAGAAGGUCCUGAUGGGAAAUGGAAUAAAUGAGAUUCUGCUCUAGGCCAAGACACCACCCAGCUAAGCUUUCAACUUGCACAGGGGAAAUGCAUAAAGAUUUUCCUCAAGCAAAGGAGAAUUUGUUCAGCAAAUUAAAGCUUAUGCCAAUGUAAUUCAAGGAAGUGAAGAUGUAUGAUCUGUGCCUCUGUAUGUGGGAAACAUGUACUUGACAGUUCAACACUGAGCAGACAACAGAAGUUGGUAGCAUCAGUCUUCUGGUUCUGGCCUUUGAGUCAAGAAGGAUGCAGGAGUAAAGGGAUUAUAGAAUCUUCCUCCAAGGUUAAGAAAAGUGAAUGAGGACAGACAUGUAAGCAGGGAGUCCUUGCUUGGAGGCCUGGAAAUGUCUCAAUUGUGACAUUGUGACUUUGUGACAUGACAUUGUGAAGAUGAAGCCUAGAUUUUACUGGAGAUGGAAAGAUAUUGGAGAUGCCAAAAGUAUGGCAUAUCUGACAAGAAGCACUGUAUAGAGAGAGUGAAACAAGUCCAAGAGAGAGAAAUGUAUUGCAGUUGAAAAGGGUACUACAGAGUCAUCUCAGCAUUUUGACACCAAGACAAGAAGCUACAGGAUUUAGAAUUUGCCCUACUGAAUUUUUAUUUUACUUGGCCCAAUAUUUCCUCAUUAUGUCCCCAUUCCUCUCUUUUGAAAUGGAUGGUAAUGUAUAAUCUCUGACUCUGUAUGUUGGAAAAAUGUGCUUUGCUUUUUGUUUUGAGAAGGAGUUACAAUUGAAAGAUUGUCUUGAGUCUCAUAAGAGACUUUGGACUUUUAAACUGUACUGUGACCAGGAAAGACUGCAGACUUUUCAAGUUGGACUUAAUGUAUUUUCUCCUGUGCUAUAGCUACAAAAUUAUGUGGUCUGAGGACUGUAAUGUGGUAGUUUACCCAAAAAUGUUCCCCUAUAGUCUCAUUUUGGAAAUGCUUGGCCCCAGGUUGGUGGAACUGUUUGGGAUAGAUUAAAAUGAGUGCUCUUGUUGGAAUAUAUCUCACUAGGGGUGAUCUUUGAGGUUUCACAAGCCAGUACUAUUCCCAGUUAGAUCUUUAUCUGCCUCAAGCUUGAGGGUCAGAUAUGAGCUUCCAGCAACUGCCCCAUUGCCAUGGCAACCUGCUUGCCUACUGUCAGGCUUCUGGCUAUGAUGGUCAUGGAUUCCACUCCACAGGAAUUGUGAUCCUCCCUAUGAAAUAUAUUUUUAUGAGUAGUCUUUGUCAUCAUGGCAACAGAAAAGUAAUUAUGACUCUUUCUUUUAUUUUAUAUUUUGUUAAUAUUUUUAAAACUAUGUUUUUCUUCUGUCUAAAUAAAGACUUGAUGAG